UCGACAGUUAAAGACUACAUCAUAAAACCAUUGUUUCCUUCUGUGGAUUAACGUUUUUAAAAGGUUUGUGUGAUUUUGCUAAAAUGCAUCACCAACAGCGAAUGGCUGCCUUAGGGACAGACAAAGAACUAAGCGACUUAUUGGAUUUCAGUGCGAUGCGAAACAGCGAUUUGAAAAUGUUCCCAACAUCAAUGAUGUUUUCUCCUCCCGUAAGCAGUGGGAAGAACGGACCAACCUCUCUCGGAAGUGGUCAUUUCUCCGGUUCAAAUUUAGAGGAGAGAGCUAGCUCUGGAUCUUGGGGCAACGGAAGUCGUGCUUCAAAGAGCUACGUCGACGGCUCCCAGUACGCUCACAUGACCAACAGGGACCUUGGGUCACACGAUGACAUCUCUCCCCCCUAUGUCAACUCUAGACUAACAGGGAAAACAGAGAGAGCAUCUUACUCCUAUGGAAGAGACUCCAAUAUGCAUGGCUGCCAUCAGCCAAGCCUCAUGGGUGGUGAGAUGGGGAUGGUCAGUCCGGGGACAGUGUCGCCCACCAAACCGGGCUCUCAGUAUUACCAACACUACAGCAGCAAUCCACGGAGGAGAUCCCUGCACAGCGACUCCAUGGAUGUCCAGACAAAGAAAGUGCGGAAAGUUCCACCCGGUUUGCCCUCCUCAGUAUACGCGCCGUCUGCCAGCACUGCCGACUACAACCGCGACUCCCCAGGAUAUCCCUCUUCUAAAGUCCCCAGCGGCGGCUUUCCCAGCUCAUUCUUCAUGCCAGACGGCCACCACAGUACAGACCCAUGGAGCUCCUCCAGCAGCAUGAACCAGCCAGGUUACAGUGGGAUGCUGGGAAAUUCAUCACAUGGGCCUCAGAGCAGCAGUUACUGUGGCUUGCAUCCACAUGACAGGCUUAGUUACCCAUCUCACUCCUCAGCCGACAUCAACCCCAGUCUUCCUCCAAUGUCCAGUUUCCAUCGCAGCAGCGGAACCAAUCACUACAGCGCUGCCUCAUGCACGGCCACCACAAAUGGAACAGAUAGCGUCAUGGCUAACCGAGCGCCUAGCGGAGCAGGAAGCAGCUCACAGACUGGGGACGCCCUGGGCAAGGCCUUGGCAUCGAUCUACUCUCCUGAUCACACAAACAACAGCUUCUCAUCCAACCCCUCAACUCCUGUGGGAUCCCCUCCCUCUCUCACAGCUGCCAGCACAGCUGUGUGGUCCAGGAAUGGAGGACAGGGGCCAUCAUCCCCUAACUACGAAGCUCCACUACAUUCUUUGCAGAGUCGUAUCGAGGACCGGCUGGAGCGGUUGGACGACGCCAUCCACGUGCUGCGGAGUCACGCCGUCGGGCCGUCCACGGGCAUGCCCAGCGGGCACGGGGACAUGCACGGCCUGAUCGGGCCAUCACACAACGGUGCCAUGGGAGGGCUGGGCACCGGUUACGGCACUGGUCUGCUUUCCGCCAACCGCCACUCCAUCAUGGUGGGUGCUCAUCGUGAGGAUGGCGUGGGUUUACGUAGCAGCCAUCCCAUUGUGCCAAACCAAGUGCCAGUCCCUCAGCUGCCCGUCCAGUCCGCCACCUCGCCCGACUUAAGCCAGCCAGACCCCUACCGUGCUCUCUCCAGCGGGCUGCAGGGCCAGAGCACUUCGUCUGUGAGUUCGGAGAUAAAGUCGGAGGAUGAGGGAGAUGAGAAUCUGCAGGAUGCCAAGCCUCUGGACACAAAGAAGGAAGAUCCUGACAGCAAGGAACUCAAAGCUAUUGAUAGGUCAAGAUCUAGUAACAACGAUGAUGAGGACCUUUCUCCAGAGCAGAAGAUUGAGCGAGAGAGGGAGAGGCGAAUGGCCAAUAACGCCCGGGAGCGCCUGCGUGUGCGCGACAUUAACGAGGCUUUUAAAGAGCUGGGCCGCAUGGUGCAGCUUCACCUGAAGAGCGACAAGCCCCAGACCAAACUGCUCAUCCUCCACCAGGCUGUGGCCGUCAUCCUGAGCCUUGAGCAGCAAGUGCGAGAGAGGAACCUGAACCCAAAGGCUGCAUGUCUGAAGAGAAGGGAGGAAGAGAAAGUCUCGUCAGACGGCCCCCCUCUUUCUUUGGGCGGGGCCCACCACAGCAUGGGCGACGCCUCCAAUCCAAUGGGACAAAUGUAAAAAGCAACCCCCCCUAAAUGGUCCAAGCUGCCAGAGUUCAUCAAAAUGAUGAAUGACCACUUCCUUUGACGACGUCAUUCAGCUCCC